GGGGGACUGGCCUCUGCCCUCACCCUCCUGCUUGUGCUGUUUGUCUCCCACAGACGUGUUGUCGCUGCAAAGCCAGGACGAGGUGCACGAAGAAAUUCAGCAUCCAGAAGUUCCCCAAGAUCCUGGUGCUUCACCUGAAGCGCUUCUCCGAGAGCAGGAUACGAAGCAGCAAACUCACCACCUUCGUCAACUUCCAGCUGAAGGACCUGGACCUCCGGGAGUUCGCCUCGCAGAGCUGCAAUCACGCCGUUUACAACCUCUACGCCGUCUCCAACCACUCGGGCACCACCAUGGGGGGACACUACACAGCCUACUGCAAGAGCCCCGUGUCCAGCGAGUGGCACAGCUUCAACGACUCCCGUGUCACCCCGAUGUCGUCCAGCCACGUCCGCAGCAGCGACGCCUACCUGCUCUUCUACGAGCUGGCCAGCCCGUCCUCCCGCAUGUAGCCAGCCCUGCUGCCUCCCUGGGGACCCCUGUGCCACCCCCCAGAGCCAGGUCCUGGCCGUGUGGCCCCCCAGCUGCAAGAGGGAGGUGAAGAGGAGAGC